UUGUUCAUCUUCCACGCACUCAAGCUCGAAACAUCAAAUAUUUGUUAACUGUCAGUUGUUUUUUAGGGGGGAAAAAUGGCUAAGCUUCAAAGGGUUGAAGGGGAAAUAGAGCUCAAGUGUCAAGCUGACAAGUACUUUGAUGUUUGGGCUCAGAAAAUAUACACUGUCAAAAAAAUGUGCCCAGAUAAAGUUCAGAAAAUUGUGCUGAAUGAGGGGGACUGGAACAAAGUUGGUGGUGUCGUCGAUGUGUGUUACGCUAUCAAUAAAGUUGGUGAAAAUGCAUCCCUUAAAGCAAGGAUGAAUGAGAUAGAUGAAAAAGCCAUGUCAAUAAGGUACAGUUAUCAUGAUGGAAUCAUCAUGGAGAAAUACUACAAAAGCUUGACCUCCAAGGUGCAGGCAAUCCCAAAAGGUAAGGGUUGCAUUGUCAAGUGGAGCUUCGAGUAUGAGAAGAUAAAGGAAGAUGCUCCUGAUGCAAAUGUGUACGUUGAUUUUAUGCUUGACAUGUCCAAAGAUAUGGAUGCUCAUCUUUGCGAGGCUUGAUGACUUGCCAAUAUGUCGCCAUGCAUGCACACAUGCACGCUGCUCACGAUGCAUGCAUCCUGCACCCGAGCUAUAUGGUGAUUACUAAGUUAUUCAACGUAACUAGCUACUCCUACGAACUAGCUGGUUUCUAAUAAAUAAAUUACUCGUGUAUCAGCUGGCCUAUAUUAAGAGAACAUUGUUAUGUUAAUGUUUAUUGGAAUGUCAUUGCAGGUUGUUUCGACUGUAAGGUUUAUGUAUUAUUUAUAGUUUCUUUUUUAAUUCAGUAUAAUACAUAUUUAUGUAUGAUUUUGAUCGUGAA